CCCGGCCCACGUGGUUCGAGCGACGUUCGGCCUCCAGCUCCGCGCGCGCCGAGCCAUGAUCGAGCCGCCGGCCGACGUAUGCGCCUUCCUGCGGGAGCAUCCGAGCCUGCGGCUGGAGCCCGGCGCCCGCAAGGUGAGGUGCGCUCUGACAGGCCACGAGCUGCCCUGCCGCCUGCCGGAGCUCCAGGUCUACACCCGCGGCAAGAAGUACCGGCGGCUGGUCCGCGCCUCCCCGGCCUUCGACUACGCCGAGUUCGAGCCACACAUUGUGCCCAGCACCAAGAACACGCACCAGCUGUUCUGCAAACUCACCCUGCGGCACAUCAACAAGUCCCCGGAGCACGUGCUGAGGCACACCCAGGGCCGGCGGUACCAGAGGGCGCUGCAGAAAUACGAGGAGUGCCAGAAGCAGCGCGUGGAGUUCGUGCCCGCCUGUGCCGGCGGCAGGCGUGGGAGGAGGGGAGCCCGGCAGGACAGUGGCGGGCCACCCCGCCCUAGAGCAGCCUUCUGGGAACCCCCGUCCAGCGAUGACGGCGCCGCCCCAAGUGACAGUGACGACAGCAUGACAGACCUGUACCCACCCGAGCUGUUCACCAAAAAGGACCUGGGAGGGACCGAGCAUGGGGACAGCACCGACGACUUUCUGACAGGGGAUGAGGACGAGAAGCCAAGACGCCGCAGAGAGACGGGCCCUGGGGACAGCGAGGCCGCGGGCCGGGAGCGGGUCCCCAAGCGCGGGAAGAAGCAGUCCGGCUCGUUGAGAAAGAAGUCCAAGAGUCAUCACCGCAAACCUAAGAGCUUCAGCUCUUUCAAACAGUCAGGUUAAUGGAAAGUCGCUGGAGAAAACGCAUCUUGAGAGCCUUUCGAGAACCCUCCCGGCAUGCACGCCAUGUUCCUCUUCGAGGUGCCCGCCGUGCGUCCUCCCAACUGGUGGGAUGUCCAUCCACUCCUCGUUUGCUGCCCCAGAAGGCCGGGCCGGGGGGUCUGACCCGCGGAUGUCAGGGUCUCACCCCCACCCCCAGGAAGCAGCAGGGACCCCGGAGGGGGCACCGAGGAGAGCCCUGGCCAGUCCCCACCUGGCUGGACGACACCAGAGGAUCACACUGCAUACAACAAAUGCCACUAUUUAUUUUGACGUGUCUCCAAAAAUCAAAAUGUUUUCAAACACAACUAAGAUAUAAAAUACAGCAUAAAAUGAGAUUCAUAACUAUCUCCCCCAUAAAGCAAAAAAUUUUUCA